ACACAAACACACACACACACAUGCAUGCAUGCAUGCGCUUAAAAGUAUUUAGAUAUCAAGUAUUUAUUUGUAAAAUAGCCAAGAAUUUCAUGAAGGCAUGCACCAAGCAAAGACGUGUAGAGUAUGCGAAACUGAGGUAUUUGCUUUUGUUCUGAAUGUUCUGCUCAAUUGCAAGUAAUAUCCACUUGAAGAUCCAACUUGCAGAUCCAACUUCAUUUUCUCACUAUGAAAAGAAGCUUGCGUUGGCUUGCGCCAGUGCUUAUGCUUGUGUCGCAGUAAGAUUAAGGUGUAAUUAGUUAAAUGCAGGGCGAAAAAAGGGAGCCCUCCUUCCUUCCACCCUGUUAAAUGAGAUAGUAAUAUGAGCUAAUAGGAUAGAGUGCUCUUACUUAGCCCGUGAAACAAAGUAUGAUUAGUGUCUAACAGUCAAAGUGGUAAAACGAGAGAAAACAUUUAUUUUCUAUUACAUAUUUAUUAUCCUUGCUAUUUUUUCAUGGGCCAAGUAAAAUCACUUUAAGGUAUAAGGGGUGGAUUUGGUCCGCAUACAACCUAAUCGCUACCUCAAAUUGUUAACGGAUUUUACAAUAUUUUUCCAUAAAAGUUUCAUUUGUGAAUAUUGAAUGGAUAGAACUUUGGUGAAAUAAUGAUAGAUGUGUUGAUCAUCACAGUGAAUGAGCGAUCUAAGCGAACGCUGUAAAGAAAGACCUGAAAAAACGAUUUCAGGCUUCAACGGGAAGCCCGUAGCCCGUUGAAGCCUGAAAUCAUUUUUUCAGGUCUUUCUUUACAGCGUUCGCUUAGAUCGCUUAUUCAUUGUGAUGAUCAACACAUCUAUCAAUGUUUCAUUUCUUUCAUUUUCUAAGAGCUAAAUAAACGUAGUUUUCGAACAUCCAUUUAGAAUUGUCAGUUUUGGAACACUAAAAAUGUUAUUGGGUUUCUGGUGGUUUCUGCAAUCUGAUUGGCUCUCAGCAGUGCGAUUUUAUCAUAAGCCGUACCAUUUUGAGUUGUGAAUUGUCCUGUAGUUUCUUUAUUGGCCAAUGAAAUUGCAGGAAACAUAGAAUUUGACCAAUUAGAUCACAGAAAGAGAAACCAAAAAAGAAAAAAAAAUUUGAGUAGAAUUUCUAGGUGAGAAACAGGGCUCUGGUACGAGAUUGGUUGAUAGUGAAAAUCAGUACACGUAAAUAUAGAGCGAGCAUGCGCAGUGGAAAAUCUCGUUUAACCUUGCGUACGCUUUGAGGAUGCCCAUCAAUAACCGCUGAUCCCAGUAAACAUAUAUGGCCGCUAUCGCCGUUAUGGGGAAGAAGAUCAUGAGAAAUGUAUAGAAGAAAUAAUUGAAACAAAUGAUCACUGUCCACUGAUGUCGCAAAUCAAUGCAUUUUGCUCAGCCUCGUCCAGUUAUUGUUUAUUUUUGCUUUCUCAAUUAAACGCGUCUCUCACUCUGAAAAGAUCUAUAGUACCUUUUAGAACUAUAGUUUAUUAGUAAGCUUUAUUUUUCUUACUUUACCAGUAUGUUUUACUGUCCUGCCAAUCAGAUUUUUUUCAGAUAUUUUUCCGUGCAUGACAAAUUGACCUUUAUUAACCUAGCUAGUUCGUCUCACUCAUUUAAUCGAGCUUAGUAAACACAUAUACUGAAAUUGAAACGCUGUAAACCAUGUAAACUUAACUGUUUUCUGACGUUAUCCGUCUGGCUUUCACCGUCGAUCAAUUUACCCGACUGCUCAAUUUACGUAAAUUACACCGACCUCCGAAAUAGUUAACUAACUUGUUUUUAAUUAUAUCUUUAAUCAGUAAUAAUUUUACGAAUAAAAUAUAAAGUUUGAAAUAAUUGAUGUGACAGAUGACCGUUGAGAAUAUUAUAGUUCGUAAACAAAACAACCUUUGGUCGUCUAACUCAGAACAAAGUUUAGGCGGGAAAAUUGUCCACCUGUCAACCACUUUAAAGUUGACUGAGGUCAUUUUGCGUUAUGAAGCGUGUGACAGGUAGUGAUUGUUAAAGAUUAAAAACCAAUCACUCUGUUCUCCAAUCAAAACAGAUCCUGCUAGUUACCCUAGAUACGGCUUCUUGACCAGUAACGGCCGGGUUAGGUGACAUAAGUGUGAAAGUAUGGUAUGAUACAAGUGCAAAACAUUUCAGUGAAUUGAAGGUAGGGGGGCCGUGCCGUGCCGUGCACGAUCUAUCCUUGGUUGACCAAGGGUUUUUUUUUCGAGGUUACAGUAAAUCAUUUAAUUACAUGGUUGGCUGGAGGAGGCACAUAGAACGCAAUGUAGCUAGGGGAAAGAAUAGUUUGAACUAGUAGUUGUAGUAGAUUAAAAUGGAAGAACCACAGGAUACAACUUUCUAUCAGGACGAACAGAUCUCGUCACAUCUCAUGCCACAUUAUCUUUACGAUAAAAAUGAACUGCAGCUGAAUCUACAUCCUGUAGCUACAGAAAACAAGCUCGAAGGAUUGAGAAAGAAUGCUACUCCCUCGGAGCUCCRUUCGCCUGAUUUUGGUCUACUUAAACUGGGCUCUCCGGAACUUGAAAAAAUGAUCAUGUCUCUGCAAGGAACUGUUACGACUAACACGACGCCAUGUUCGUUUUACAACACAAUUUCACACGCUUCGAUUAAUAACAGCAGUGAUAACUAUUCACGCGGAUUCACGGAAGCCCUUCAGGAUUUACAUGAUAAGCAAUCAACAGGAGAAAGCUUGAUUGAUAUAGCGGAUAAUGCGGCCAGUACUGACCCCUUCUUGGGAGAACCAUCCGUUCAUAAUAGCGGAUCAUUAUUGAACACAAAUCCAACAUUACUCAAAAACACUGCAGAACCUUUGAUUUAUUCAAACAGUUCGACACGGAACGCAGAAACGACUGAAUAUUUUGCCACUAACAGUAAUGUCUAUUCAAACUCUAGAAGUACUGCAAUGUUUAAUCCAUAUUCUCAGCCUUGCGGAAAUACAGGAUAUCAAGGUGUUUUUUCCUACCCUCAGGAGAACUUGGCUUAUCAGGACCCGUACACUAAUGACUCUAAUACUGCGGCCUUGCGUGGUUUUUCGCCUUUUUCGCCCUACGGUAAUGUCCUUAACCAACAAAAACAAGAUCUUCAGCCUACUUAUAAAAUAGAUCCUGGACAAACACAGAUUAUGGCAGACCCUGGGAUUUUACAACCAAUUGAUUUGGAAAUACAAGAGGUUGUAAAAAGAGAGAGGAAAAAGCAACGAAACCGUGUGGCCUCUUCGAAAUGCCGAAAACGCAAACUUGAACGGGAAGCGAGGUUAGAAAACAGGGUAAAAGAUUUGAAAGAGAGGAAUAUAGAGCUGAAUGCAGUCGCGAAUGCUCUGAAGCAACAAGUGUGUGACUUGAAGCAAAAGGUGAUGGAUCACGUUGGCGAGGGUUGUCAGAUUAUGCUCGUCCACCAGUCACAAAUGUCAACAAGCUAGGUUUAUUUGGCAUCUCUCACGGUUCACCUGUCGUUGUUUAUCUCUGAAUCGAUAACCGUGUAAUCGAAUUGAUGGUCUUUCGUCUACCAAGACCAACAAACCUAUACUCCAACGAAUAGCUAUGUUUAAAAGGUUUCACAAAUUUUCUUUAAUCGCGAGAAUUCAGUGAUUCCAUUUCAGUUACUUUUUUUACAAAGUUCUCUCAUAUUUUCACCUGAAGUUUAAAAAAAUGACAUCAUCCGAGAAAGAUUUUUGGGCUCUUUCGAACUUCUAGAUUUCAAUACUUGGAAAUUGAUAUAAUAUCUAAAAUUAAAAUAUAAGUCUAAAUCUGGCAUAUUAAGUAAUAAAAUUCCCAGUAUCAUCUAGGCAAUUUAAAAUAAGUCUAGCCGAAAUAUAUUUAGUAAAUCUCGUAGAUCUGUAAUUCAUCUACAUUAGAUGCUUGAUUCGUGUAUUCAUUUUUAACUAAUAUUAAUUCAUGAUAUAUAAAAAAAACGGGUUUUGUAUGAAUAAGAUCUGUUUGCCGGAAGCACCGAAAACAAUUUGUUCCCAAAAAUGGCUUUCCAUUGGAAUUUUGUAUGAUUCAGCCAAUCACGAUGCUUGGUUAUAAAUUGAGCGGGAAAAACAAUUCGCGUUUGUAAGCGUGCUUCCGUAUAUCAAAAUUCCGCCUCAUAGUUAUCAGUAAAUUAUAGAAAUAUAUAGAAUAAAAGAAAGAAAAUAUGAGCCAUUGAUAUUAUAUUAUUUUAACUGCAAACAAUCAUUGCUAUUCGCUUCCGUGUAAUCAAUUUUGACCAGACUGCAUUUUUUACACCUAGCUUUUGCCGGCCACCAUUUUGUAUUUACCUUCUUAUAAGAAAUCUCAAACAGCAAAGUUGUUAAAAACGACUUUAGAAAACGAAGGUUGAGUGCGCAAUACUAACGCUUUUGCUUCUUAAAGCGAAAAAGAAAAUUAGUCCACAAACACAUCAAAAACACUUUUAAUAUUUCCACUUUAUUUAGCAUGUUGCUUGAUUUUUUUUAGCCGUUCGCAUGCCGAGUUUAUUUUUUCAGUCAAAUUAAUAAUGGUACAGGUAAAUUCAUUGAUUAAAAUGUAAUGAGCAAAUCUCUGUAAAAAGAAAUUUGCGUUAUAAUUUAAGUAAAUUUAAGCGAGACAAGUUUUGAAUAAGGAUACAUCUACGUACAUGCACAGUUACAUUGCACUCUGGACGAUUUGUGGUACUCGCUAUCGUAUUCAUUGUCUGAUGUCAGUAACAAAAACAAGCUGCUUAAAAUAUAUUUUUCGAGUUCGUACAAUACCGCUGUGUUCCUUGAUUACAAACUCAAGGUUAGCCUCCUCUCAGUGUCUAAAUCUCCACAAAUACCAAUGGUACGUGAAGUGAAGAAUGCAAAGACUUUGAAAAUUCCACAGACUUCCACAUGAACACAUGAAURUUAAUCACAAAAUUGAGACUAAGGCCCCGUCCACACGUACCCGCAAAUUUUUAUAUCCGCAAUUCUCAUUUUACGGAUGCGGGUUGCGUCCAUACGUUCCCGCAAAUUUUUGUGUCCGUAUCCUCAAAUUUUGCGAAAACGGAUACGUGUGGACGGUAAAAACGAUUCGAAUACGCUGCGUGUGGACGCAAACAUUUUCAUAUCCGCAAAAAAUAAUUUGCGGAUACAAAAAUCUCCGGAUACGUGUGGACGGGGCCUAACCCUGAGCAAAAAAAUUUCGAACCACUUAAAAAAAUAUUCAAUACAUUCAUGAAUGCACCUAAUUUUCCGAAAUCGCUUGAUUAACCAUUAAGCAAUUGACUCCAAGUCAUCUAGUUUUGCCUUGAUGUGUUCAUGGUAUUUAAUGACCUUAUUUUAUGAAUUCCAACCUCGCCUUUGUAGCUAUGUUUAAAGGUUGAAGUGAAUGAGCUUUUAUCAUAGGUCCAAAACUCCCAGAACUGACACGGUUGUACGAAGGGUGGAUAGCGCUAUCGAUAUCCCGGAGGAUGCCGCGAUCAUUAUCCAGAGGACAACUCGAUGCUGUCAUCCAAUAAAUUCAGUUAUCCGCUGGAUAAGAUUUAUCCGUCGGAUAUCGCUAUCCAUGCACCCUUCGCACGAGCGGGCCCAGAAGAAGAGCACCAUAGCUGGAAAGAGCGUAUUUCAUUGAUAAAACUGUGCAUAAAAUUUUAAGGAAGUCCGAGAUCAAAAUUUUUUUUUUUAAAUUUCGUAUGAAAACAUUCGCUGGAGGCAUAUAGUGAAUUUCUUACCACCAAAAAAGUUAAAGUUUUUCUAUAAAACUCACACUUUUCAAAAAUCAUAUCUUUGCGAUUUUUUUAACAACUUAUUUCCUUAAAACUUUACAGAUUAACUGCUUUUAACAUGCUCUUUUCAGCUAUGGUAAUUAGUUUUCUGUUCUCUUUUUCACUAGUUUAAAAAUACCUGAUAAAAGCUCCUAGCAUCAUCUGUACUURUGAACAUACUACUUUAACAAAAAUGUUUUCCAUUUUCCAUUAUCAGUACUUGUAUAAAACCACCAGUCGUCAAAAUUUGUUUCGUUUAUAUUUAUAAUUGUCACGCUUAUUUUUAGCUUUAAAAGAAAUAAACUUUUACUCAAUACCAUUUCCUAUGCCUCGUUCUUUCUGUAUUCCUUUUUUUUCCCGCCAAAGGACUAAAUAAUGGCCGGAUCUAGUUAAACCGACCAAUAAUAAUGCCGGCCGAUUGCAUGCAUGAUAUUGUGUGGAGGAAAACAGCUUUGAAGGACAAAAUAAUCAUAAAUAAAAAGUUUAAACAAGAA